CUGUGUUUGCGCGGCUGCUAAGCAUCAUGGCGGUCUCGAAGCAAGGCGACGUAUUUUUGAUGGUUUGCGAAUAAUCGUCUUGAUUUACUUUUUUACCAAGCUUCGGUUUUCUUCCUGGUGACGCCAUGGGCUCGUCAAAGAAACAUAAAGAAAAGGAUAGAGACCGCGAAAGGAGAAAAGAACGCGAGAAAGACGAAAAAAGACGUGACAAAGAUCGUCAUCGAAAACGUGAUAGGGACCGGCAGAGAGACAGCGACGACAGUGAGAGGAAAAAGAAACGAGGAAGUGACUACGAUGAUCUGCUCGAGUACGCAAUUGAGGAAUCUCAGAACGAUGAAGGCGCAGGGGCAGCACCAUCACAGUCAGGUGGGGGAGGGGAUGCAUCACUAAGUAUUGAAGAAACCAACAAAUUAAGGGAGAAGCUUGGCCUCAAGCCCCUUCAGGUUGACAGUGGAGAGUCAAAGAAAGAUGAGAAUAAAACAACUCUUUUAGAUGAUAUCCAUGUCCCUGCAAUAAACAUCAAGGAAAAAGAAGAGCAGGAGAAGAUGAGAAGAAAGCUUGAAGAGAUAAGAGAAAAAAGAAGAAUGUACAAAAAAUUAGGGAAAGUGAAAGGCCUUGGCGAUGAAGAGAGCGAUGAUGACAGUGCUGCUGCAUGGGUUGCAAAGAACCGCAAGAAAGAGGAAGAAAAGAAAAUGGCAGAGAAAAGGGCACAAAUGUUGGCAGAAAUGGAUGAAGAGUUUGGAAUUGGAGAACUAAUCCAUGAGGAGUUUGGACAUAAGCGGCCAAGUUCAUCCAGAAAGGCUUACACAUCAAGGGAUUUACGUGGACUUAAAGUAGAGCAUGAUGAGACAGCCUUCCAAGAUGGGCAAGCAACCAUCCUGACACUCAAAGAUUCCUCUGUUCUUGACGAUGAGGGGGACACCUUGUAUAAUGUCAACAUUGAAGACAAAGAAAAGGCAAAUAAAAACAUAGAAUUGAGAAAGAAAGGUCCAGCCUACAAGCCAUAUGAUGAUGGGGAAUAUGAUGCUUCAGGAAUGCUAAAAGCCAGAGGCAUUUUGGAAAAGUAUGAUGAAGAAAUUGAUGGCGAAAGCAAAAAGACAUUUGUACUUGAAUCAGGUGGAAGCUAUGAUGCAAGUAAAGCUGACGAGCUUCAGCAGAUACAAGAAAAACUUAAGAAUGAGAUGGUAUCUCUUGAAAUGGAGAAACCUCGCAUUGCAUCUGAAUACUACACUCAGGAAGAAAUGGUUCAGUUUAAAAAGCCCAAAAAGAAGCGAAAAGUCAGGAAGAGAGAGGCGUUAAAGGCAGAUGACUUGGAAGCUAUAACCGGUGGGGAUGCUGGGAGCGGGGACCAUGGGUCCAGGACACUGAAGUCUAUCUUGAAGUCUUCGAGCAGCAAAUCUGCAAGUCAAGAUGAUGACAGUAUGGAGAUCACCCCACUGGAGCAGAUGGAUCCUGAUGAUGUUUACCAGCAAGAGACUGAUGACAUAGCACUAGAAGACGACGAUGCCCAACUUGAGCUUGAAAUUGCACUACAAAGGUCACGUAGGUUGAAGAGAAAGACUGAGAAAACAGGGGCUGCCAAGGUGAUUGCUUCCCUCUCCACCACCGUCAAGCAAGAACCCUCAUCAGAAGAAUAUGGGUCUAUAGUUAUCGACUCUACGUCUGAGUUUUGCCGAACCCUUGGAGAGAUCCCAACAUACGGGACUUCGGGUAAUCGGGAAGAAGAAGAGGAAGACGAAGACGAGUGGAAAAUGGAUGUCGUCAACGAGACCCAAGAGCCACAGAGUGGAUGGGAGCUAGUUAAGGCCCAGGAGGAUAAGAAAAAGGAAGUGACCCAGGAAAGCGAGAGUAAUGUGCUUGAUGACGAGCCUGUUGUUGGAAAUAGUGUCGCUGCCGCGUUACAACUUGCGGCUAAAAAAGGUUUGUUGUCGUCUGAAGGGAAAAGACGUGUUGAGGAGAAAUUCGUCGCUGAUUUGCCGUCUGUUGGUGUGAUAGACGAAGAAAAAAUGAGAGGCGAUGAUAAGGACAGGUCUCGCGGCGGGCGGGAUUAUGACCGGGAUAGAGACAGGUAUGGUGGCGGUUCUCGGGGUGAGAAGGAAGGCUACAAGCCCAACGUUAAGCUGGAGUAUGUAGACGAAAAGGGGAGAACUCUCACGCCGAAAGAGGCAUUUCGGUACUUGUCACACAAGUUUCAUGGAAAGACUCCUGCUAAGAUGAAAACAGAGAAGAGAACCAAGAAGAUUCUAGAGGAAAUGGCGAUGCAAAAGAUGAGCUCUAUCGAUACUCCCCUGAACACUGCGGCUCUUCUGAAAGAAAAGCAGAAAGAGGCACAGUCUCCGUAUCUUAUUUUGAGCGGCGGAGGGAAAACAUUGUCAACAGGGGCGUCUCUUACAAAGGGCAAGUGAUGUGGAGCAAGCGCCUCGAGCUCAACUACCCUUGAACGGAUCACAAGCGCCUUACGCGAUCACAGUUAUCCGUCAAAGGAUCACAAAGUGUAAAUAGGCCUGGGGGAUAUUGCGUGCAAACUCUCCACAAGGAAUACAUCGAAAGCAUAUAGUAUACUCGCAUCUCAAAUGCAGUUAUCGGAAGCCGACUUUUCACAUCGCUCAAACCGCUUGCUUCUGCCCGGAACCUCUACUGUCUCGGAAAUGCUCAUUUGUCAUUGCUCUUUUAUACCAUUAGUAUUUCAUUUUAUCCCAGUCUGAUUGUAUUCCCGCUACUAUUUUCUGUCUCUUGUAUGAGCUCCAUUUAACGUUUGUGAGGUAGACUGCGGAUCUUUUGUAUAAUAAACUCUUUCUAUGGAA